AUGCAAAUUAGUGUGAGGUUUGGUGGAAAGACCUCGUUCAUUCAGGCAGAGCCUUCGCAGUUGAUUUUGUCUCUAAAGACUCUUGUUGGGAACGCCUGUAGUCUUGAUUCUUCCAUGAUGGCCCUACAGCACAACUCCAAGGCACUGGAGGACUCAAAGACGGUGGCAAGCUAUGGCAUAAGGAACUUCGACACAAUCGUGAUGUACCCCAGAGUUCUUGGUGGAGGAGGGAACAUGUCUGAAAACGAUGGAGCCAUGGCAAUGAAAGAAAAGAAUGAUUGCUUGAUUUGCCGACGAUGUUAUGCAAGGUCUGGAAAGUCUGCACAGAAAUGUAGGAAGUGCGAUAGCAAGGAUCUAAGGCCCAAGAAGCCUCUUAAGACAAUGAAGAAGAAAUAA